CGCAAACCUCGACAUGCUAAACCCGUCUAGGUAAAAGGAAAAGCUUAGGUUGUUAUUAUGUACAUCCAAGAAACAAAAUUUUUGGCAAUCUCAUAGUGUAUCUCACUCUGAAAACAGAUUUGAUUUUGGAUCAUGGCAAUAACAGGUUCCUAUGCAAUAGCCGCCAUAGCUGGGACUUCCACUGGAAUCUUUCUAGCCCUCAUUUUAAUCACGACAUGUACAAUAUUCGUACGAUGCCGAAUGCAUAGAAAACUGGUCCAAUUUCUUAUGAGCUGUUGGCCUAUUUCAACCAGAUUUAAGGAAUUAGAUGAAAUUGCUGGGGAGACAACAGUGAACAUUAUAGAAAAAUGUUCUUCUAGUGAAAGUUAUCAAUGUGGAAAUAAUUCACCGAUUUUUAACCCUCGAGCAAGUGGAGAAAUUGAAAGUGGUAUAAACUUUACUAGAAAACCUUGUGUUAUACAAUUCUCUCUGUUCUAUAACUUUCACGACAGUCGCCUUUUUGUUCAUAUUAUCUGCGCACUAAAUGUGCCUCUUCGUUGGUAUGGACGAAGCCCAGAUACUCAAGUUCGCCUGCAGCUUUUACCCGACAUUGACCACGCUUACCACACAGAAAUCCGUAUCAAUGAAACACAACCAAUAUUCAACGAGACGUUCGAGUUUGUUGGGUAUUCAGCGAGGGAAUUAUUGGAGCUUACUCUAAGGAUUGGUUUUUAUGCGUUUGACAAGUUCAGCAGAGGAAAACUACUGGGGUAUACAACUGUUCCGUUUGAGCACAUCGAAUGGUAUCCAAGUCAAGCGAAAAUAUUAUGGCGAACUUUAGUACCACCGGUAAGAUGUAAUAGCAGUAGUUCUAUCUGUCGUGAAAUAAAAUUUUUUUCUGAAUUCGUAACAGAACGUUUCCAUGAAGGUUGACAUUAUCAUCGGGGUAGGAUCUAUAGGAGACGCGUUUGAUUUCUGCACUGAUUUGGCGCCUGGUCAAUGACCUCAAGUCCACAGAAACGCAAUAUCUGAUUUUGAACAACUAGCGACAAUCGUCAGAUUAAAAUGGAUUUUUUUUGUUUUU